AUGUUGGCAGAAUCCCUUGGGCAUCUGUUCGGUCUCGAACAUGACACUCAAUCUUGUCAAUGUGAAACCGAUUCAUCAAAACACCGUUGCAUUAUGACCGAUAGGCCUGGUAUGCCUGGUGCACCGUUUUCUUGGCAGUUCUCCAAAUGCUCCAUUGCCCGAAUGCAUGGUGUUUGGCAAUCUGGACAUGUACAGUGCUUACUGAAUAAGCCCUUCCAACCAUCGCAGCUUCGGGAAUGUGGUAAUGGCGUCGUGGAUGGAUCGGAGGAAUGUGAUUGUGGAAGUCGUGAGACAUGCACUGAUCCAUGUUGUGAUCCACUAACAUGUACUCUCAGAGCUCAUGCUCAAUGUGCGGCUCAUCAUCAGUGUUGUCAUCGAUGUGAGUUACGAAGAUCAGGCGAGAUAUGUAGGAGUGCUCGUUCUCCAUGUGAUGUAGCUGAGACUUGUGAUGGGAAGUCUGGCGAUUGUCCUCCGGAUGGUCAUCUCAUGGACGGAACGGCUUGUGGACGAGCUGGUCAAUGCUGGCGUGGAAACUGCAGUGAUCCCCACCAACAGUGUCAAGAAAUCUGGGGCGAUGGCGCCCGAGUUGCUGAACAGGAAUGUUUCAAACAGAACACUCGGGGUCAUGAAUACGCUAACUGUGGUACAAUUGACGGUACGGGUACCUACCGAUCCUGCCAACCGGAGCAUAUUCGAUGUGGUACACUGCAAUGUCAGGAUGGAGCCACGACACCGUCUCAGUCCGCUCUGAGGGCUUUCACGUUCCAGUUUUUGCAAGAUGACAAACAGGUGCAAUGCAAGUCAAUCGCUGAUGAAAACGUGGGACUUGUCAAAGAUGGUUCCAGUUGUGGCCCUGGUCGGUUAUGUGUGGCUGGAUCCUGUGUGGAAAUGUCCUCUGUUUCCACAACCAUCACUUGCCCCUCCAAUAAUCAUGCAUUGCAAUGUUCUGGGCAUGGUGACUGCACCACUACUGCUGUGAGUUGA